AGACUAUCAUACCCGCAAACAUGGCGGCCUGUAUUGCUGCGGGUGCUGAAUCAGAUAGUGGAGAUGAAUUUUAUUUCGGUGAUGAAGACUUCUCUACCGUGAACUCGAAACAUGGGCUAUAUGAAGGAUCCCACCAAAGAAAUAUGUCAAGUUUGCAAAAUGGUGCAGGCUCUGAGCCUUUGUGCAGCAGAAAACCACCAGCAGUCCUCAUGCAAAAUGGUGCAGCCUCUGAUCCUUGGUCCAGCAGAAAACCACCAGCAGUCCUCAUGGAAGAUUUUCGUAUGGGAAUAAUUCAAGGCAGUGUACAAGCUGUUACUAAAGCACUUGAUGAAGGCCUAGAUGUGAACACCAUAUUGAGCACUGGCUGGACCGGACUGAUGUAUGCAGGAAGCUUGGGAAAAGUAGACAUCUUUAAGCUGCUCCUGGAGAAAGGAGGCGAUCCUAAUUACCAUAAAAAUCUUUAUACUGUGCUUAUGGCAACAUGUUCAUCAAACUGCUCCAAGCCAGGUGUUGUUUAUGACUGUGUCAAGAUGCUAAUUGACAGAGGGGUAGACGUCAGUGUUCAGGACAGAUGUCACAUGACUGCCUUGAUGUGUGCGGCACGUGAUGGGAGACUAGAUGUUGUACAGCUUUUGGUGGACAGCGGUGCACAAGUGGAACAAGAGGACUCAAGAGGGUGGACAGCAUUGUCUUGGGCGGUGCAGCGCAAUCAAAAGGCAGUUAUCAAACUUCUGCUAGCAAAAGGAGCUGAUCCUCAUAAGAAACACAGGGACAAUUUGACUGCUAUUGAUCUUGCUGAUGGCAAAGAUGAUUUGAUCAGGAUGCUGGAGGGCAGGCCUGCUGUGGAGACUGGAGCAGGAGAUGCUAGCACCGCUGCUGCUGUGUCAUCUGAUGUUGGGGCUACAACACAACCUUCUAGCAGCACAGGCAGCAUCAGUGGUAUUCGCUACAGCGAGCUUGAGGUCUUCUUGUAUGGCCUUGACUUGGGGUCCUUGGUGAGCAUCUUUCAUCAACAACAAGUGGACUUUACCCUUCUGCUGACUUUAGGGGAAGAAGACUUAGACAAAAUGGGGAUCACACAAGUUGGUGUUCGCAAGAAACUGAUGGAGGCCAUAGCAGCUGUCCACAAGAGGAACUGGGAAAGCAGCAGCCUUGUGCCCAUUCGAUUAAAGAGUGAAGUGAAGUGUGCGGACGCCAUUGCUAUUGUCGCCAACCUGGCCCGCCAACUUCGCUACAUAGGCAGCAGUGUUACCUACAUCGCAGAUCAACUAGAUAAAAACAAAGAGUUUCUAUCCACAUCCAAGGAUGGAAGUGGCCCAAAACAACUGCUUCUGCAUACAAGAGAUGGAAUGAAGAAUGCUAUUGUUCUUCAACAAAAGCUUGAUCAGCUUCAGGCAGCUCUGUCCAAUGAACUAAGUGCAAACGACUUUUCACCUGCAGACCUGAUCAAGUCUAAAGCAACACCAGUUUCUAAGAAGCGCUAUAGUCGAUUGUUCAUCUUCGGACUUGGCUUUUCAUCUGUUAUCCUGCUUGUGUUGAAGAAAGACUUUGUCAUCGAGACCUCAGCAACACUCAUCAGACAGUUACCCAUAUCAUUUUUGCAAAAGUCUUAGCAUCAACUCGAUUCUGUUUUAAUUUCGUUCACAUAAAUUUCAUUGUUGAGGUUUUUAACAACAAAGUCUUAUUUAGGAGAUAUUUGUAAGUUGGAGACCACAAUUGAGUCACAAAUGAUUUUUAAAAAAACAACCAAACCAAACAAGACGUGAUGAAGAAUUCGUUUUUUUAAUUUUGUCAUCUUUUUAUACAUAAAAUUUUCAUUUUUAAAGAACAGUCUGUCUACCUAGGGUACUUCUUAAGGGGAACAAGAAAGAAGAAUUUUUUUGUCAAAGGAGGGCUCUCUCAGAAUACAAGUUACAAAUACUUGUUUUGACAUUUUACCAGUUUCACACAUUCAUCCGAUAUUUUUGUGAGAGGCAAACAAAGAGACUAUUUGAAUAGAUGUACCUACGCUAGCCUCUUAGAUUUCGGGAGACAUAUCAGGUAAUAAAAUUUUAUGUAGGUUUUAGUCACCAGAUCCACAUAUUUAUUGCCACUGAAGGAAUACGCGCAUACCUGUCAACGAUGCGACAAAGUGUCCUUUGUGUGCGUGCGUAUGUCUUUGUGUAUGAAAAUCACACAGGACUAUGGUAUUUGUGCACUUUGAUUUAUGGUUUUCUAGUAAAAUGUGAUGAUAAAAGUUGA